GCAGUAGGUACAAGUAAAGCAGUUCACCAUGUGUACUGGUUAUUUCAAGCUCUCUCUUGCGUGAUCUGGUCAAGAAAUGCAGUAGAGCCCUCUUAUCUGUACUCAGCUUGAGGCUAGCAGCAUGCAGCGCUCAGCGGCUCAUCGAGGAAUCACCUUCACCACCUGCAAUCUGUUCAGCUGGUGCAUACUCAUCCGAAGCCGUCGUUCGUGCUGCCAACACAGCGCGCAAAGCAAAGCCACCGAUGUUUUCGUGGACUCCGUUCUAGAUCGCAACUACGUUCCUGCCACGCACAUCAGUAUGCUACCUGCUCAAAGUACUGAUCGACUGGAGAGCUUGCGAGGUUCUGCAUUCCUGAGCGACCUCCAAGCGCAUGUAGACGUGAGUGAGAGCGAAAUCAGCAAGCUUGCUGCUGCCACAUCAGUGUUGUCCGCCGGAUCCAUUCAGCUGAAUACCUCACUGGUUUUGUCAGCGUGGCGCAGAAAAGGGCGUCAGAAUACAUCCACUGUCAGUGUGAUAUUUAGCGUGUUACUGUUAGCACAGCACUGCUGUUCUUCGUCAUUCGCCAAUUUCUGCAAAGAGAUCUGCAGGAUGCUUGUGGACAAUGAGAACAUGCUCUUGAACGCAUUUCCUAACAUCAUCACCUACAAACAACGUCGUUUCAACCAGGAAGAGCGUAUUCGUUGUCAGAUUGAGAACAUUCCAUUGGAGGAUGGUAGCUUCUCGACUGAAAACAAGAAGUCCUUCCUUGGCCAGGAUUCCUACAUGGUAAUACUCCGAACACACCUGCACGCCAUGCACAUUGCUGACAAGCUGAUCGUGGACUCUGACCAGUACAAUCUGUUCCAGGAAGCUGAGGCUACAGCAAACACAGCCACAUGUACAGUCACAGCCACAGUCUCAGCACCAUCAGGAGCGGGAGAGAGGACAGAUAAUCCAUUUGACACAGGCACUUUCACUACGUACAUCCUUCCAAAGUUGCACGAAAUACCUUGUGUAAGGUUUCGCAGGAGUGUUCAGGAACAGGGUGUGCUACAAAGUCUGAGCAAAAUCACCGAAUUGAUGCGCGUGGAAAAGUACGAGCCAGUAGAAAACCAUAAUGUCAAGAUCAUCGGAUACAUCCAUGCUGGAGGGACGGUUGCCUACGAAAAGCUCUGUGCAGCCAUUGAAGGCCUAAAGUAUGAAGCUUCGUACACAGAGAUGAUUGUACUGCUUCCUGCUGACCGUCAGCCUAGAGAUGAGAUUGACCCACACUGGCUGCUCACGGUGCUAUUAGUUAAUGAUGUGGAUGAUCAUCAUCUUCAGCAGUAGCAGCAUCACCAGUACCAAUCACAGCAAUAGCAAUAGCAGCAGUAGCAGUAGCGACAACAGCAGGAGCAGCAGCACAAGCACCAGCUGUAGUGACAGCAUCAUCACCAGUACCACCAGUACCAGCAGCAGUAGCAAUAACAGCAACAGCAGCAGCAGCAGUAGUAGCCGCAGCAGCACAAGCACCAGCUGUACUUUACUCUCAGGUAUAUUAUUACUGUGUGUUUUUCCUGCUCUGUCACAGCUAUGUACACACACUGUACAGGACCGAUGUGAUUUGGGUUUUUUCGGGUUGGUCACAAGUUUCGAUAGGAGAAAUUACAUCCGUUCAUUUGUUCAGCUGCAUAAUAUUUCUGCAUUAUUUUAUUUUCCCUGAUCUCAGUAGUUGUUGCAGUUAUGCUUCAUGAAUCGUUUUCAUUGAGUUGUCUUGUUCAUGCUCAUCACAAUGGGGAAUCCCCUCCUCUCACAUAUCUCUAUUUCACCUCUCUUUACAAUCAUGUUCCCUCUGAUAUUGAAUUAUUACUCUCAGUAGAGAGUGCUAGAUGUACAAUCGUUAUCUA